GCAUAUAUGCGGGUACGUAGAUAUACAUUUUGUAUUUGCUUUAAAAAUCGAUUAGACGUGUACACGUUAAUUACAUGCUGGACAUGUUUUAACAUCGAGAAGACAAGCACUUGCAAUUUCAGAGCAAACACAAAUCUUGGAGUGGAUCUUAAGGAGCAUUUUGAGCAGUGAAGACCGGUAUCACCAUGACGGAGCCGACUUCUUACUCGCGGCCCAACACCCGGUCUCAUUCAAAACGCAUGUCGGAAGAGCCUAUGAAGCGCACUACCAACGGAACGUCGGCUGUUGACCGGAAGGCUGGACAAUGGGGGCGUGCAUGGGAGGUUGAUGUGUUCACCACGGUGGGGGUACUCGCCCUCCUCACCCUCAUCCCCUUGGUAGUAUUCUACGUCCACGUCGCUUGUACCCACUACCAAUGCUCUCUCAUCACCCCUCCCCUGGAGAUGCAGAAGGGCGCCCUUACCCUCACCAUGCUUUGGGAUCAGAUGCCGUCCAUCACGUGGGAUGGCGUUACCAUAACAGCCAUCUGGAUGACCUUUCAGGUUGUGCUCUUCUACUUGCCGGAUCUCUUCCAAUACAUUAUUCCCGGUUACGUCGGCGGUAUGCAACUCGGAGCCGUAACACCGUCGGGUAUCCGGAAUCCGUACCUCAUCAACGGUUUGCAGGCAUGGUUCAUCUCCAACGCAAUUUUCGUGGCAAACGCCCUCUAUUUUGAAUGGUUCUCGCCAUCCAUUGUGUUCGACCACCGCGGCUCGCUCCUGUGGUGCGCCAACGCCAUCGGCAUCUUUGUAGCUACAUUCGCCAUCGUGAAGGCUUACUUCUUCCCGACCCACGCCCCUGAUCGUGUCUUCACCGGUAACAUCUUCUAUGAUUACAUGAUGGGAAUCGAGUUCAACCCCCGCAUCGGAAAGAUGUUCGAUUUCAAGCUUUUCUUCAACGGUCGACCGGGUAUCGCAGCCUGGACCAUCAUCAACUUCUCCAUGGCCAUGAAGCAGUACGAGCUCUACGGCUACAUCACCAACUCCAUGAUCCUAGUCAACUUCCUGGAGUUGAUCUAUGUGGUGGAUUACUUCUGGAACGAGGCCUGGUACCUUCACACCAUCGACAUGCACCACGAUCACUUUGGAUGGUACCUUGCCUGGGGUGAUAUGGUCUACCUGCCAUUCAUGUAUACGCUUCAGUGCUUCUACCUGGUGUUCAACCCCGUCGAUCUCUCCUGGCCCAUCUUCACCGCCAUCUUCCUCCUCGGAACCGUCGGCUACUACAUCUUCCGGUCGGUCAACCGGCAGAAGGACUACUUCCGGCGCACAAACGGACAAGCCCCCAUUUGGGGCGCCAUGCCCAAGUACAUCGACGCCACCUACAUGAGCGGUGACGGGGAGGAGAGGAAGAGCAAGUUAUUGCUCUCGGGCUGGUGGGGUAUCACCAGGCAUAUGAACUACACUGGUGACCUGAUGCAGGCAGCGGCCUGGUGCCUCUCCUGUGGAGUAGGACACAUCUUCCCGUACUACUACCUGGUCUUCAUGCUCAUCCUGCUCAUCCACCGCUGCCGGCGGGACGAGGACCGCUGUCAUGCCAAGUACGGCAAAUCAUGGGACCUCUACAUGGAGAAAGUCCCCUGCAGGCUUAUACCUUACAUCUAUUGAAAAUCUUGCGUAGUAUAACGUAAAAGUAGUCAAACCUGGUAUCAGGAAAAGUCCAAAUAAAUUUCCCGACCAGCUUCAGAAUAGUAAUAUCAGAAGCAUGUAACCACCAAUAACGUUUGUAGAAACAAAUUAACAUAACACAUUUCACUUAUAAUGCCCCUUUCCUUACGUUAGCCAAUCAGGAUCUAUAUUUAAUUAUUAACAGCUGUAUCACUGCAUUCUGAUUGGCCAAUGCUAGGAAAGUUGCGAUCACAUCGUACGUCUAUUUGCAGAACGUCACUCGGCAUUUAUUGGCAGCGUACGUUCUUUUCCUGAGCUUUCGGGAAUCGCGGCCUUUCCAAUAUCACUCUAAUUCAUUUAAUCUUCAUUUUUUUGGCUCAUGAUGUUAAAAUUGGUCGGAAUUUAGCUCAAACGAGUGUGAACUCUGAAGGCCCCAAGCUCCCUGAAAGGAUUCUUGCUGGUAGGCAUAACAGUGCCGAACAAAAAUAGAAAUACGUUCAUGUACUUCUUAUUGCAUCCGAUCAUCACCUAGCCGUACACCUUCAGAUAUAAAGGGGUAUAACUGACGACACAAAGAACAAACACAAAAAAACAAACAAACAAUUUUUACGAAACACACACAAAAAAAAUAAUUAAAAAGCAAAAAAAAAAGCAAAAGAAAAGUUUUUAAAAAUGGUGGCGGGUUUUUCAUUAUUAUGCUUUUUGAAGAUUUUUCCUUUGAGAAUGUGAUUGAAUUCCAAAGCAGGGCAUUAGAAAUCGUUCUGAUACAGUAUUAUCAUGGGAUUGCUAACUCCAGCGUUCCAAAUAACAAAACUGCCAGAAAUCGUUUACCAGGCCUAUUUUUGUAGAUACAGUGUAUCUGCAAAGUUAUGGUGCUUGAAAAUGAAACUCUUUUGAUGUCGUAACAACGGAGAAGCAGUUUUUCAGUAGUAUUGUUUUGUUGAUAAUGCAUGCCUGUCAAUAGGCUGAUUUAACUGUAAGGUACAGUGAAGAAAUCAACUCGCGUAAUGUGUUUGAUAGGAUAGCAAUUAAGACUUAACCCUUAUCAUGGCAUUUCGACCAAAGAGCUGGCAUGGAAACUAAGGAUUGCUGUAAAAGUGAUGGCUUUGAGGAAGAAAUAAUCCGUUGGUCCUUACAAGGUCCUUAAAACCAUCAAAUUGUGGGGCUCUAGACUUUAUUUUAUGCACAAUAAAUCUUGCGAAAUUUUAUAGAGGAAGAUGUACAGAGAUUGUAAUUGCCACAUACAGAUUUAUGUCGCUUCAAGUCUCCUUGGCCUAAACCAACAACAGCACAAAAACGCAUACAGCGCCAUCUGUUGUUAAAACCGAAACGGGCAACUAAAUUUGAUUUUGUGGGCAUAUAUUUGUUAUCGCAGCUUCGAAAAGACAGUAACAAACUUGCAAAAUCGAAUUGAAUCGAAUCAAUUUGAAAUGAAUUUCACAAUAACCUCUUUAAACGCUACUGCCAUGAUAAGGGAUAUGAGGAAAACAAUUCUUGUGUGUAUGUCCAACCUACAAACUGAGGUUGUAUUUCUUGCCAAGAACUUUGUACAAUUUUAUUCUAGAAAAUGUUAAGAAUGAGAAACAAAUUUGUUCGUAGAAACACCGUCAAUUAACGCUAACUAAACUGUCGCUGUGUCACGAUGUUUGAGACUCUUGAAAAAGUGCCAAUGCUAUAUACAACCUCAUAUAACUGUUGACCAGUUUAUUUAUGAAGGUCUAAAAAAAAGGCUGAUUUUACUUCAUAAUGAUUAAACAUGGUGCUUCAAUAGAAAAUUUGUAAUGCUGAACUCUUUAAUUUCAAGCACAGCGGCUUGGGGAAAUAUUCGGAAAUAAAGAUUGAUGUAAAUCCAUUUUUCUUUCUACACAAAUCAAAGAAAUUUGAUAUUUGUAACCCCGAACCUCAAUGUUGCAUUUAAAUGAGCUCCGGGGAAAAUACACAUUUGUGAAUACUUGAAUGACUUAAAAUUCUCAAAAUGCAGCACUAGAAACUUGUAUCGCUGAACUCAAAUGUUAUAUUUCUUACAUUGUAAUUUUUACAUUGUAAAUUACAUAUUUUUGUGAAUGUAAGCAAUGAAUUAGACAUUUAUUUUCCGGUACUGUUUUUACACCACUUACAAAACUAACAAUUGCUAUGCACAGUCAGGCUGAUUUCAUACAAAGACAACUUUUAUUCAAAGCAAACACUUUAUUUUUCGUUUCCUAAUGAUUUUUAUAUUUGAUGCUCUUCUACGUCGGCUGAUAAGUGACAAAUUCCAGGGUCGUUUUAUAGUUUUUGUCAGAGUAAUUAUAGUUUUCUCUUGUAGAAGAAAGGAAAGAGAUUGUACAUAUGAAAAGAAACAAAAUACGAUCUCGAAAUUAUAAUGAUACCAGUUAUUCCUUGUCCAUGUUUGCGUUAAAGACUGCUGUGCAGUGAUGUGAAAGGGUCAUACGUUUGCGGUUAACGAUUGCCAUUAUGACCUCGCAAAUUCCGCUCACACAUGUUGAGAAGAGUCGAUUCUCAUCCUCUUUGAGAUUAUUCAUGACAUGCAAGUCAGAUUGCAAGACCUUUAUUCAGAAAUAAACUUAGACUGUAAAUGGAAAAAACUUGCAUGUGUACAUUGUAAUGUAUUAACCUUACAUUUUAUCUAUUAUCUAUAGAGGAUAUUAAACACUAUCUUUGGUCUAUUAUCUAAAAAAAAAAGGGGGAAAUUAAAGGAAAACGUCCUUGUUCUGUCUUAACAAUUCUCAAUUCAACUUUUAAUCAUGAUCUUAUUCAGUUUCAUUCAUCAAUAUUCUUCGAUUUAUAUGAUGUGAAUGGUCAAUUGAAUUGAAAUGUAAUGCUGCAGAUUAUAAUGCAUCUCAUGUAUAACAAGGGGGCAUAAAUAUGAUGAAGAUGCGAUGCAGUUUACAAACUAUGUAUUCUUUUGUAUUAAAGACGCAUUAUAUGUAAACACUGCAUUUUAGGGGAAAUUUGAAUCUUUUCACCCCAACCAUGAACGAAUGUUUACAGCGUGGAAAAUGCAAUGGGAUCUCAUGGUCAAUAUUAUGAAAAUAUUAAAAACCCGUUGCAUGGUUCCGCAGCAGUGUUUACACCCUUCAAUUCUUUCUGUGACCAAAAAAUAUACAUUGCGUCACAGACUUUGAGCAAAGUGUACACUGUCUUUUUGACAUGAACAAAAUUGAAUUUUGUUUUAAAGUGCACCCUUUGGUAUCACAGUUCUUACGUAAGCUCUGUAAUUCUUGCUGUGGCAAAUGUCUCCACAGUAUUUUCAAACGAAAUGGUUCCAUGUACUCACUGUACCGGGAAUCACCGACUGUGUGUGUGAAACGGCGCCCUUUACGACAAGGACGAACAAGAAUAUUCAUUAUUAGUUGUUGCAUUGCCAGGUUUUCAUUAAUGGAUGGAUUUUCUUAAACGUUUAAUGUCUUGAACGAAAAAUAAAUUGGUAAAACCCUAGUCACAUCACCGAGACCAACGCCAGACCGACAAUCAAUUAUUUACAUUAAUUUGAGGAACGGCCGAACAUCGGUCGGUUUGGAGUCGAUGUGGAGUUGGUUUGGCUGUGUGACUGAGGAUACAUGUAUAUAUAUGUUGAACGUAACUGUUUGAUACUGUUCAGUGUGUGUGUGUGGUUGCAAUCAAAGUGUUGUUCAGGUGUAUUUUUUGCAUAACAUUUAUGUGGUUAAUUGUUAAUUAAAAUUCAAGUCUGAUCAAAAA